AUGGCACAACAGCAAACUCCACGAGAAAGGUUGAUGGCAGCUGCCGAAGCACGAAAAAUCGAUAGCUUGUACGAGUGCAUAAAAGACGAUCCACAUAUUUUGGAUGGUAUAGAUAAGAUCCCUUUUGUUGAUACUCCUUUACACAUAGCUGCCUCAGCUGGACAUGCCCAUUUCGCUUUAGAAAUGAUGAGAUUAAUGCCAUCAUUCAGUAAGAAGUUGAACCCACAAGGGCUAAGCCCUUUGGAUCUAGCUUUGCAAAAAAGGGAAGAUCUCCGAAGAAACUUGGAAGACUUGAAUUUGCCCAAUAGGGAAGAGCUAAGCAAGUUGCAAAAGGAGCUCACUCAGACUAUCUGGAAGCAAGGAAAUAUGGUAGAAACCUCGUCGGAGAAGAGAGUCAGUCUGGUUGCAGAAAGCUUCGUAAAAGCAGCAAUUGAGGAUUUGGAAGAAAAAGCUAGAGAGAGAAAAAGCUUCAGAAAUAACGAGGUCAAGUGA